AUGGGUGAGAUCGGUACGAAUCUGAGCCUGCGGAGGAUAGCUGAACAAGCCCGCGAACAGAGCACGAUACGCGACGCAGCACUGGAGAACAAAUUUCGAAAGCUGCCCAAUCCAACGUCGCCCAGAAACGACAAACGGGUGCACAACCUGUCAUCAAAGGAGCUGACGAAGGAUCAAAUGCGGGUUUUACGGUACGAAGCUUCAUUUAACACGGCUGACGCCAAACCUGUUAACAUUAUUGCAGCAGUGGAAUCAAUCGUUUGUCAGACGGAGGCAACGGAGGAGACUAAGAGCCUCAUCCGACACCAAGUGUCGUCUCUCCUGAUGGCCCACAGGCCGCGGGCAGUGCUUUCCAAGGUCGAACGUGAUGCGCUUAGAGAACUCAAAGCCGACAAAGACCUGGUCAUCGUGCCAGCGGACAAAGGACGCGCCACAGUUGUACUGGACAGGACCGACUACCUUCAAAAAGCCAAAGGUUUACUGGAGGACCGACAAUUCUAUGUCUCAUGUGCAACGAACCCUUUAAAGGCGCUGACACGCGAAACUAAUGCUACGUUGUUGGCCUUGGAGAACUCAGGUGCAAUAACACCGACCGACAGACGCAUGGCGAGACUCCAAGAUACGGCUUUGGCCCGAUUCUGUGGCCUCCCUAAGGUGCACAAAGACGACGCUCCUCUCCUACCCAUCGUGUCGCUCAAAGGGACUCCAACGUACGGACUGGCUAAGUGGCUGUUCCGGCGUCUUAAGUUCCUGACCGCUGAGUCAGACACCACGGUCUCUUGGUCAGCACAAUUCCUGGAGAAACUCAAAGGCGUAAGCAUCCAUUCAAAUGAGGUCAUGGUAUCUUUUGAUGUUACAUCCCUUUUUACUUCUAUUCCCCAGGACCUGGCGAUCGAGACAAUUGAGCUGCUACUACAAAGCAAAUACGAUGAAACGGAGAACCGUCUUGGACACGCCCAAGUCCUUCAGCUCCUGAAGCUUUGUCUCAGGACGUACUUCACGUUCGACGGGACAAUCUACGAACAGGUGAAGGGCACACCAAUGGGUUCGCCGAUUUCGGGAUUUAUCGCCGAGGCGGUCCUGCAACGGUUAGAGUCGCUGGUCUUCCAACACCACAGACCGAAAUUCUGGGUCCGGUAUGUGGAUGAUACCUUCGUCGUCAUCGAACGGGAUCAGGUGUUGACAUUCCAAGAACAUCUCAACGCCGUCUUCCCGGACAUUCAAUUUACGAUGGAGGAGGAAGAGAACAACCAGCUGGCCUUCCUGGAUGUCCUCGUAUGCCGCAAAGAUUGUGGUGAACUAAAAACCAAAGUGUUCAGGAAAGCGACAAAUACGAUGCAAGUACUGAACUUCAACAGUAACCACUCAAUCAGCCACAAACGCAGUUGUGUAAGGACGCUUUAUCGGCGUGUCGAAACGCACUGCACUGAGCCGGAAGGCAAAAUUGCCGAACUACAAUACCUCCGACGGGUCUUCAAAGCCAAUGGCUACCCGCGCAACUUCAUCGACCGGUGCAUACGCAAAAGGGACGAAAGGCCUAACCGCACGGACACCAAAUCUUGGCGGGCACUUCCGUAUGUCAAGAACGUUUCGGAAACUGUCGGCCGCCUUCUCGCACCACUUGGGGUUGGAGUUGCACACAGACCGGAGGCAACCAUCAGGCGUCUGAUCAUGAAACCGAAAGACCCACUGCCACGGCUAGAAACGUCUGGAGUCGUUUAUCGGAUCUGGUGCAGUUGCGGACAAAGCAACUACGUCGGACAAACCGGAAGACAGCUCCGAACGAGAAUGGCCGAACACGCGGCAGCGGUGCGCAGAAAUGACGCCAGCUCUCAAGUUGCGGCUCGUUCGACGAGAUCCGGCCACACAUUCAAAUUCGAUGAGGCCGAAAUUCUCGCACGAGGUGGCAACCGCGUGAGCCGGGAGCUACUGGAAUCGUGGUUUACUGGCCCCCAGUCCAUCAACAAGUGCAACGAGCUUCCCAUUCCAUACUCGGUGCUGAGACUUCGCCUAGGCGGAGUAAUUUGCCACGCGGGGAGCGCAGAGGUGAACACUUUUCCCAACACCGGGGUCGGUGCGUCAGAUGGUCGAGCAAUCAUCACGCCAACAUCCAACGCACGUGAUGAAAUUGCAGCAAUUAUCGACUCGAAUUUCGGCCAUCAAGCAAUGAUCACACCAAGUGCGACGAUCCCGGAAGAGGGGGGGAGCCGUGAAUGUUCAUAG